UGUUAUUGACAAAUUAAAUUCAUGUUUUCAGCUGAAAAUUAUUUUGAUGUAACAACGUCCGGUAUAUUCGAAGCAGGAAGUCGAAGAUUUCACCUUCAAAUUUUAAACACAACUAAAACGUCGCAUUUUUUCCCGUGAUUAAAGUAAGAAAAAUACGUUUUAACGCCAUUGGAAGCGAUGCCCACAGACAUCAACAUUCAGUUAAGAAAGAUGCCAUUUGGCAAAUUGCAAAAACUUAACCUGUAUCUGGAGCCCCCAAGUGAUAAAGAUUGGAAGGCUUUAUCAUCUGUCACAGGAAGAUAUGACAUUCAUCAAGUUGCAUUGAUUGAAAGAAAUGGUACUUCGAGACCUGGUACUUCAUGUACAGACAUACUUAUUCAAGACUUAUGCCGACUGUGUGUAACAGUCAGGGAACUGGGAGCAUAUUUGAAAAAGAUUAAAAACUACGAGGCCUUGCAAGCCUUGGACUGGCCCAAUGAGCCUGUUGUGAUAAAGACACAACCAGAGUGUGCCAUUGUGUAUGAGGGCAGCAGUCUUAAUCUCAAAGUAGAGGCCAUUGGUUAUCCACCUCCUGUUUACCAAUGGUAUAAAAAUAAUAAAGAGAUUCCCGAUGAAAUCUUUCGUGAAUUAAGUGUUCAUAAAGUAUCCAUGGCUGAUGAUGGUGCUUACAGUUGCAAAGUUAGCAACAUAGCCAACGAGGAAUGGGCAAAUGAGGUUACAGUGCGUGUCUUGAGAGCUGGAAAUCCUUCUAUGAUGCCUCAAAGAACAGAUGAUAAUAAGCCAGUGGUCAUAUUACAACCAUUGUCUGCUCACGUGCUUCCUGGGGCACAUCACAGGCUCCAUUGUGAGGCAGCGGGGUCGUUACCAUUGUCAUAUAAAUGGUAUCAAGGUGUUGAACCAUUAAUGGAUUCCAACAGUCCUACAUUAGUGUUUCCUUCAUUCUCUGAUGAAAACACUGGGCACUAUUGUUGUCACGUUUCCAAUUCUCAUGGUGCCGUGGUAACGCAGAUAGCAGAGCUUGCAAUUGAUCACGUUGAGCCUGCGAGAAACACUGCGACCGACAAAGUUGCCCUUCUUAUUGGGAACAAAGACUACACGACUGAAUUUCACGAAGCUCUGCAAGGAGGCGGUUUUCUGCAACAUACGAUUGCCGAUACAAAGACUCUGGGCUCAUUACUUCGUAAGGAUGAGAUGGGAUUCAAUGUUCUUUCCUGUAAUCUCACACGAAACGAGAUGAUCCGUGGUAUUGAGGAAUAUAGGAAUCUGAUGAGCGAGGGCUGCUAUGCAAUUUUUUACUAUGCCGGUCACGGCUUUGAAUUAAACGGGCGUCAUUAUCUCUUGCCCGUGGAUGCUCCAGGUGAAUGGAAGCAAGAAGACGCUAUUUGCGUCCAGUGGAUUCUUGAGAUACUAUGGAAAGUGCGACCAAAAAUGAUAGUGAUAAUCCUAGAUAUGUGUCGAGUGAGACCUAUUGGGAAGGCGAAUUUCGAAGAUUAUGAUUUUCCAACGGAUCUUCCUAAAAUUGUCUUUGGUUUUGCCACGUGUUCGCAGUCGGAAGCUUACGAACGACUGAACGAGGAGAAUGGAAUCUACAUGAAACAUCUGAAGAAACACAUUUGUCGUAAUGAAAAGAUCGAAGAUAUUUUUCAUGCAGUCACAACAGAUGUCGAAAAAGAUACUCUAAGCUCGGAGUAUACUGAUCGACAACGUCCCGAGUACGUUAUCAAAGGUGGUGGUUAUUACAGCUUGAGGGAUCCAAUUGAGGCUGACGGUAACCGAAGUGCCGAGAGGUGGCUAGAAGCACACAAGCUACCGGCUAAAAGUAUCAUUGAAAAAGAUGGAAUCAAACUUGAAGUGCGCUUUGAGCAUUCGGAUUGGUUAAGCAAUUCGGUGAACAUUAUAGUUGGCGUGAUCGAUCGUGGAGCAUACGAUAACUGUAAUGUUUACAUAGCUGCUGUUACUCCCAAUGAUGUGGUGAUGCACGAUGAUGUCCAACGUCAAACUAUGCCAAGAAGCGUUCCUGGCGCACACAGAGUUUCUGAAGGAUCACGUGCUGAGAGAACGAGUAAAAUGUUCCACUUGCAAAGACUUCAUGAAAAUGUCACUUUGAGACUUCAACUGGAAUGUUUUAGAAAGUAUGAACGUGACGAAAUACGAAGUACUAAAUAUCAAGUUGUCACAUUUUCAUUAAGAGACUUUGGACUGGCACAAGUAUUUGGUGUUAAUGGUUAAAUGAACUUUGAAUGUUAACAUAGUGGUACGAUGAUAAUCGUUGUUUUAUCUUGUAGAUAAGUAUAAUUAAUAACUACAUAAUACCAUAGUUACCUCAAUUUCUAUUCUAGUAAGACGAAUUAAUAACGUAUUUAUGCACAAUCCCGAAUUUUGAGCUUGUAGUAAUAAAAUCACCACAAAGUAUUCCCAAAAACAAAACAAAAAACAUUUAACUUGCA